AUGAAAGAGGAGUUCGACAUGACUGACUUGGGAAGAAUGAAGUACUUUCUUAAUGUCGAAGUCAUGCAAGGAGCUAAAGGGAUUUUUAUUAAUCAAAAGAGGUAUGCUGGGGAACUUUUGAAGAGGUUUAAUUUGCACAGUGGCAAUGCAGUAAAAAACCUAAUUGUGCCGGGAUCAAAACUUUCCAAGGAAGGUGAAGGAGCUAAAGUGGAUGCAACGUUGUACAAAUACCUGAUUGGGAGUCUGACGUAUAUCACAGCUACAAAGCCAGAUUUAAUGUAUGUUGUGUGUCUACUUAGCAGGUAUAUGGCAGACCCUACUGAGCAGCAUAUGCAGGCCGCAAAAAGAGUACUGCGUUAUUUGAAGGGUACCAUGUCAUUUGGUUUGUUCUACAAGAAGGGAAUGGUUGAAGAGUUAACUGCCUAUACAGACAGCGAUUACGCAAGCGAUGUGGAUGAUAGAAGGAGCACAAGUGGGUAUGUAUUUCUUUUGAAUGGUGGAGUUGUAUCAUGGGCAUCCAAGAAAUAA